AUGUCCCUCCCAGCUGUCUGUUGACAAACGUGACCAAUGCAUAUCUCUGUCCCAUUUGCAAUUUUGUCGACAAGCGGAAUAAAAUGUGAUUUCGCAGGAUUUUGUCGACGUUGCGAAGUUUCAGGUGGACACUUCAUGAAGUUGUGAAUCCGGUGUGAACUGAAACCAUGCUGAAAUGGUUUUCCGGUGAGGAGGGAGAGCCUGGCUCUGCUGGCCCGGGCUCUCCCCGCGCUGCUGCUGGGGGUGGAGGUGGAGGUGGUGACGUUGCUGUAGCAGAAAUGGCCGAGCGGCUCGCCCAAACUGAACAGCUUGUCACACAGCUGAAGGAGAUGAUCCGGGAGAAGGAUGCAGCACUUCGCUCUAAAGAUGACCAGCUUAAGGUGGAGAAGGAGGCGUGUGAGGCCAAGCUGUCAAAGCUGCGUCUCCAGAACAAAGCCAAGGUCACCUCCCUCACCACACAGCUGGAGGAGCUGAAGAAACAACAUGGAGGUCCGGACACUCCAACACGCAGCAAAAAGGGGUCAUCAGAAGGAGGAGGAGGAGGAGGAGACCAGGCCAGUCGGGGGAAGAUUGUCCUGCUCAAGAAGAAGGUCGAGGAACUGGAACAGCAGCUUGCACAAAGACUGGAGGAACUGGAGAACAAGAGGAAGGAGGUGGAGUCGCAGUGGCAGCGAGGUGAAGAAAUGGAUGCUAUGCUGACGGAGAGGGACAGGAAGCUGGCAGAAAAAGAGGCCUACAUCGUCCACCUACAGACGGCGCUUGCGGGAGAUCAGCCCAUCACGCCUGCACCACAGCAGGUGACGGAGGAGAAGGGGGCCGUGCAGGAGCUGCAGCUGCUGGUGCAGAAUCUGACCAGGAAGGUGGGAGAAUCAGAGGAGCGCUACAGUUUGCUGCAGGAGCAGGCCGAGAGCCUCAAAGAGCUGCUCCUCACGGAGAAGGAGCAGUUCAGUCAGAAGGAGAGCAUGUACCAACAGAACAUCCAGACGUUCAAAGACAUCAUCAUUCAGAAGGACAACCAGCUGAUCGAGAUGAACCAGAUGCACGAACAGGAGCUCUUCAAGUUAGCAGCAAAGUCUGACGCCAGUGCAGACUUGGAGCAGCUUCUGAAGGCUCUGAAACAGAAGCUCCAUGAGAAGGAGGAGGUGCUGCUGGGUAAAACUCAAGUGAUUGAUGUUCUCCAGGGAGAGGUGGAUGGCAGGGACCAGCAGAUAAAGGAGCUUACAGAGCGACUGGAUCGGCUACAAGUAGAACGAGAGAGCCUGGAAUCCAAGAUGGAGGCAGAGAAGCAUGUGAUGCGAGCGCAGCUUCGUGACCUGAUGGACAAGCAGCGGGCGGAGAUGCAGCGACUGACUGAGCAGCAUCAGGCCCAGAUGGCCCAAACACAGCAGAAUCUCCUGGAGCAGCUGGAGGAGCAGAGGAGGACCUUGGUGUCAGCACCACCUCCCAAUCAGGAGGCCUCAGGAAGUGGAAACAUGCCCGUUGAUUCAGCCUCCAUCCAACGGAUAGCUGAGCUGGAAGCCCAAGCAAAGCAAAAAUCGGACGAAGCCGGCAGAUCAGAGGCCAAGUUCCUGAAAAUGAAAGCGUGGUCUAAAUCUCGCAUCAGACAGUUGGAGGAGGAGUUGAAGAAGAGCCAGGCUGGAGGUGCCCCCCCUGACCUGACCGCCCUGCGGGGUCGUAUCACAGCGCUGGAGGAGGAGAGGGAGGAAAACCUCUGGAAGGUGGAGCAGUAUGAGGAGCUGAAAGCAAAGAACGACAUGCUGGAGGCGAAGCUGGUGGUGUACGAGGAGCAGCAGAGGACUCUGCAGGCAGACCUGGAGCAGUUCACCAAGCGGGCUGCCUCUCAGGCGAGCGAGUCCGGCAGCGCCGACGACACUCAGAGCCAGGUGCUCGAGUGGCAGGAGAUGGUCGCCGAGGCGGUCAGUGCCAGGGACCGGGCCAAGGAGGAGAAGGCUGCCUUGGCGCUCCGCAUCAGCCACAUGGAGGAGGAAAGAGAGGAACUGAUUGAGGAUGACUGGUUCUUUCCUGGCUGCUCCGAUCCAGCACUGGAAACUCGGCAGCAGGAGCUGGAGGAGGAGUUGGCUCAAACUCGGGGGCUCGGCCAACACAGGGCCAAGAAGCUGGCCACUCCGGCCCAACGAAGCCUGCAGGAGGACUUUGAAUUUGAUGGUCAGGACCCACGGAGCACCUCUGAGAGCACCACCCCGAUGGAGGGGGAGAACAUGGGAGGUUGGUGGCCCGAGUACAGUACUCCUGACACAGGUGGUUUGCGGUCUGUUGUGGAGGAGUUGGAGCUGGAAAGGAACCAACUGCAGGAGCAGAUACUGAGUCUGGAGGAGCGCUGUCAAGAUCUGGAGGAUCGUCUGCAGCUGCAGGCGCGUAUCGAGAUGUUACAGGUGACGUUUGAUGUAAAUGAAGAUGAGCAGCCAUUUUGGGUCCCUCAGAACGAGACUGAGAAACUGCAGAGCCAACUGGCCAGCGUCAGAAGCCAGCAGAGCAGAGAUGCAGAGAAGCAUCAGCUGCUGGUUAGCAGCCUCAACGAACAGCUCAAAGGGCUGAGUAACACACAGGAGUGCCUGGAAAGCUCGCUCAUCGAGAAGGAGAACACGUUGGCCAAGACGUCGGAGAAGCUCGAGCUCAUCAGCAGCCUCCGAGAAUCUUUGAGUGAAAAGGAAAGUCAGUACAAAGAGUUGUCUGACAAGCUGCUUCAGACUGAGCACACGCUCGAGAACGUUUCAAAGAAAUGCAGCAGCUCAGAGAAACAGUGCUCUGAGCUGAAAUCAGAAGUUGUUGACCUCACGCAGAAGCUGAGUGUGCUGAAGGAGAAGACGCAAAAGCAGGAAGCCACCAUAGAAACUUUACAAACUGAGCUUGAUCAGACGAACGAGGAGCUGGACAAACUAAACACGGCCUACUUGGAAGAACGAGCCCAACUCAUUCAUGACCUUCAGAGCUGUGAGCGGGAGAUUGAUAGUCUUAAAGAUGUCCUGUUGGAAAAGGACAAGGAGAUAUCAACCCUCUCUGGUAACAUGGCAGAAUAUGCAGAGCAGGUCACAGUGCUGAAGCAGGAGCUCAAACUCAAAGAAGAGAACCUGCUUCAUGUAGAAAAUGCUCUGAGUAAGGCAGAGCGGGAGACCACGAUUAUCAGAGAGUCACGGAAUUCGGACCAGAAAACCCUCGACAGCAAGAUCGCAGAGCUGGUCGGAAACCUCAAGGACACUGAGGCGGAGUUGGUCAAAGUCAAAGAGGACAGAGAGUCUAAAGUGGCUGAGGUGGAACUUCUGGUAAAGCAGGCUGAAGAGGACAAGAAAACUAUUCAGGACCUUCGAGGGGAGAUCCAGAAACAGACUGUGAGCCAUCGAAAUCAUCUGUCUGAAUGUGAAUCACACGUCUCGUCCCUGAAGGAGCAGCUGACUUCAUCCACCCAAAGGCUCCAGGAGUCAGAAGAACUCGUCAUGCAGCUCAAGGACAAAAAUACCAGCAACGAGCAGCUACAGCAACAGCUGCAUGAUAAAGAACAGAUGUAUGAAAAAGAGCUCAAAUCUUUCAAGGAUGAACAGAACAAACUUCUGGCACAGGUGGAAAAAUACAAUAAUGAAAUGCAGACACUGUCCAGACAAUUAGAGGACCAAGUGCAGAGUGAAGAGCUCAUCAAAAAGGCCAUGCAAGAGAAACUGGAAACCAUAGCAUCACUGGAAAACCAACUGAGGACCACUGAUAAACAGGCUGAGGACGAGAGGCACAAGGUCAACGCCCAAUUAAAAGCCCGCAAUUCAGAAAAUGAGAAAUUGAGCAGCCAACUUCAGAACAAAUCUGAAAAUAUCUCCAAACUCAAGAACCGAUUAAAAGACAUGAACGCUGAGAAAAAUCAGCUGCAAGACAAAGUGAAAGGGCUGACCGAGGAGCUUGAGCUGCAGAAGCAGAAUGUACAUGAGCUCAAUGAAAAGGUGACAUCUACCCUUGAGUUUAAUAGAAGUUUUGAGAAUCAAGUGCAUUGCCUCACAAAAGAGAAGGAGAGGCUUGAACUGGAGCUGACUGAAAGAGUAAAAACUAUUUCAGAAGUGAUACUUGAAAAGGAAUCACAGCAGGACAAAAUAUCCAGGCUGGAAACUCAGUUUUCACAAAGCAACACAAUAAUUGAAGGGCUGCAAAAAGAAAAAGAGGAACUCAGUCUUCGAACUAAUGAGUUAAAUAGAGUUCUUGAGCAAAGCGCAAACUCAAACUCAGAGAUGUUGCUGGAGAAAACUAAUGAAUGUAAUAAUCUCCAGCAGUUACUCAGGGAGAGGGAGGAGAAGGUGACACAACUGCAGGAGCAGGUGCAGACUCUGACGGCUGAGGCAGACCAGCUGCAGCAGACUGUCGGUGAUCUCCGAGCACAGAUGGAGGCCCAGCAAAACCAGCAAAGGCAACUUCAGGAAACGCUGUCUCUGCUUCAGGAACAGGAGUGCAGUCUGCAGGCUGAGCUCAAGGACAAGGACGCAGUGUUGAGAGAGAACCACAGUUUGCAAAAUGAAGUCACACAGCAGAAAGAUAUUGUGUGCAGGCUACAAGCAGACGCUGAAUCACUUCAUGAAGAACACUCGCAGCUUCACCAGCAAAUUCAUGACAGAGAAGAAAUGCUGAAAAGUGUGAAGCAACAGUGUCAAAAACACCAAGACGAACUGAGCGACACCAACAAGGCUGUCAAAUCUCUCAGUGAACAAAUCAGUGUCCUGCAAGAAAACGCCAGAAAGCUUAAGUCCGAGGCAGAGCUGAGGCAGACGGAGCUCGCUGAAGAAAACCAGAGACUUCGGGCUGUUUGUGAAUCCAGAGAAAAUGAGCUCGCUCAGCAAACGCGAGUUCUGUCUGAACUCGACGAGCGGCUGAAAGCAACUCUUGAACAGAACUCCAGUUUUAGCUUGACGAUUAGCAGCCUGACCGAAAACAACCAGACACUACAAGAGGAGUUGGCACAGAACAUCAGAUCUGUUUCUGAGCUAACCACUGCGAGGAGUUCACUCCAAGAUCAAAUCUCAGAGAAUCAGAAAAUAAUUGACAGCUUGUUGAAGGAAAAGCAGACUCUUACUAUUGCGGCAGAUGAAUUAAAAAAGGUCCUCAGGGAAAGCGAACUGUCAAGCUCUGCAGGUUUGCUUGAGAAAGCAAGUGAAUGUGCUAAUUUGUCAAAAACAUUGAUGGAGAGAGAAGAACACCUUCAGAGUCUGCGGGAGCAAGUUGACGGCUUAAAAGAGCAAGUUCAUCAACUCAGCAAGUCCUUGAAUGAGAAAGAACAAACUGUGACAGAACAGGGUUCACAGCUGGAAACUCGGCAGAACCAGCUGCUGCAGCUUCAGGAUACUGUAUCUAUGCUCCAGGAACAAGCAUCUGUGCUCAGGUCGGGGCUCGUGGAGAAAGACACAACGCUGCAGCAGAAAGCAGAGGAAUGUAGCGUCUACCAGAACGAAGCCAUGCUCCAGAAAACACUCGUAUCACAAAUGCAGGUUGAAAUAGAGUCUGUCAGGCAGGAGAGUCUGGAGGCGAAACAGCAGUUAGAACAAAAAGAACGGACAUUAAAAGAAGUAACAAAUGAGUUUCAAAACCACAAAGACGAGCUGAAUAAACGAAACGACUCGGUGAUUUCCCUCAGCAGUCAGCUUGGUGCCAUGAAUGAAAGUGCUGCAGAGAUGGAGGUUGAAAUGACCAACCUAAAGGCUGCCGUGCAGAAACUCAUGGCGGAAAACUGCCAGCUGACCCAAAAGGAAGACCUGAGGAAGGCAGAGGUUAUUGAUUUUAAAGACAACAUUCAAGCACUGAAUGAGCAGAGUUCAAAGUUAAAAACCGAACUUCAGAAAACAUUGGCAGAGCUGUCCAAAGCGCAGGAAGAAGUCACACGUCUCAGAACAGAAAGCUCAGAGAAGGAGAGACUUCAUCUGACCAUGCAAGAAAAAGAUGACUGCCUGAAAGAGCGGGAAACUUUGAUCCAGCAGCUCAACAGUCGGAUUGCUGAGCAGGAGGAGCAGCUGAAGCAGAGAGCAGAUGACAAUGGCAGCUUAAGUACAAAAGUUUCAGAGCUUGAAGAUUCUGUCUUCAAACUCAGAGGUCAAGUCGACAGUCUCACUUCGGAGUCAUCCGUGCUGAGAGAUGCUUUGGAGAAAAAAGAACAGUCAAGCCUUGAAUAUCAAAGUCAGUCUUCGGCUGCUGUCGCAAACAUCAAUUCAAAUCUACAAGCCAAAGAGGCCGAGUGUGAGAGCUUAAAAGAACAGAUUUCACACCUCAAAGAAUCGGUCACAAAGCUCAGUAGCACCCUCCAAGUGCAGAUGACUGAAGUGGAAAAUCUGACAAAGGCCUUGGAAGACAAAGAUGCAGCUCUUUCGAACCAAUCCAAGUGUCUUCAGGAUAUUCAGAGAAAGGCAGACGAGGCGUCGCUCUUCAAAACUCAGUUCAUGGAAAGCACAGAGUUGGUGUCACAGCUACAGGGUCAAAUUCAGUCGCUGUCCACUGAGUGUGGAAACCUCAAGACGUCAGCAGAAGAAACACAAAGUGCCUUUAACAACCUACAAGAGAAAUAUGCAACCAACUUGGAGGAGCUGCAAGAUGUGAGAAACCAACUGUCCCAAAGGACUGAUGAGGUGUCCAACCUUCAUAAGUUAUUGGUUGAUGCCAAUAAUGAACACCAGACAGCAAAGGGCACCAUAGAAACACUGAGAAACGAGGUAUCUGAGAUCCAUCACAAACUUGAGAGAACAGAAGACCUGAACUCCAGUCUUUCAAGGGAAAAGGAUGAAGCUUUCUCUUCUCAUCAAGCGAGCGUGUCACUGCUGACAGUUGAAAUAGAAAGACUCAAGUCACAACAUCUUCAAGUUGUCUCACAAAUGAAUUCACUGACAGAAAACCUUGAGCAGAGGGAAAUGGCUCUUCACGCAAUUAAUAGUCAGUACUCAUCUCAGGCCAAGCACACGACUCAGCUGGUUUCAGAAAUACAAAAGCUUGAGGAGCAAAAUAAGAGACUAAAUGAGGAGAUGAGUUUGCUGAAGGAAGAGAAGCAGAAACUUCUUAUGGCUGCCAGCAAUGAAAAUGCUCAUUUGCAAGAGGAGCUUAGAAAAAUUCUUGGUGAAAAAGAGGAGCUGGAAAGGAGACAUCAUCAAAUGCAGGCAUUGCAGGGGGAGCUGCAGAUUCAAAAGGAGGAGCAGUCCAACAGCAUGAAGGAAACAAUGGAGAAAAUGACGUCCGAGAAGCAGAGCCUUCAAGAAAAGGUUAGUGGCAAAGAUGAAGAGCUGUCUCGAUUGAAAGAAAACAUUCAAAAGAUAGAGCAAAUUCUGCAGGACUCUGAGAAAGAGUGGCUGUUAGUUCUGGACAGAGAAAAACAGGAUAAGAACCUACUUGCAGAGCAGUUGAAAAGUGUUGAAAAUGAAAUGAAGUCUAAAGAUGUUAAAGUUAAUGCUUUGAAGCAAGACUUGGACAGUUUGCAGGAGAAAUUAGCAGAGGCUUCCUCUGCUGUUAGACAGGGUUCAGAACAGCUGAGCACUAAAGAGCUGGAGGCAGCCGCAUCCAGGAUUCAACUUGAGAAGGUAUUAGCAUCUGUCCAGGAAAAGGAGCAUGACAACAGUAAUUUGCAACAGGCUUUAAAAUCUGCAGAACAGGAGUUACAAAAUCUUUUAACGAGGAAGAACUAUUGUGUUGAAGAUUCCUCGUCACCAGUCGCAUCUGAGCGAUCCGCUGAAAAGGCCUCUUUACAGGACAUGAUUAAACAGUUACAGGAAAAUCAUCAGUCUGAUGUAGGCGCUUUGAAAAAUGAGUUGGAUAAAACCGUUGCACAAUUACAAAGAACCCAGAAAGCGCUUAAUGAAGGAGAGAGGAGUAAUGAUGAGAGGGGUCAACAAGUUGAUCUUUUGCAGGAGAUGGUGGAACACCUACGCACUCAGCUCAGUGCUGAGUCAGAAAAAGUGAAAGAAGCUUCUGUGAAACACUCUGCUUUGCACAGUGAACUGCAAACAAAAGAGGAACAAAUCACCUGUAUGAGCAUUCAGGUAAGCCAACAGAAGGAACUACUUGCUGGACUUAGUCAGCAGUUGAAAGAUAAAGACGCAUCCAUCGCUCAAGUCAUGGAAUCUGCCUCAAAUGAAAGAAUGAAACUUAGUGAGGAAAAAACAGCACUAAUAGCACAAUUAGAAUGCAUGGAGCAAGAACACAAAACCUCCACGAAGAGGCUGGGAGAGAUGUCUCAGCAGCUAGAAGAACAUAUUUCGUGCUCUCAAAAUGAAAUCGAGACCAAGAAUCUAGAAAGGCUUGAGCUGAUUAAAGAAAAGGAUGCUUUAAAGAGUGAACUAGCCAAGGUGUCCAAAGAAAAGGAUGCAACAAAGAAGAAGCUUCAAGCUGCCCUCAUUCUACGAAGGGAGCUGUUGAAAAAAAUUGAGCAGUAUGAAAACCAGAAUGAAGAGAGCGCAAACAAUAAAACUGAGGUUUCACUUCUGCAGGCUCAGUUGCAGGAAGUAACAAAUCAAGCUCAGGUUGCUGCAAAAGUGUAUGAAGAAAACAUUUCUCUUCUUGAAAAGAAAAUUCUCGAGCAAGGAGAGAUCCUUGAGCAAAAAACAGAAAGCGAAAGACUUGUGAAUCAACUGCAGUCAGAAAAACAAAUUUUGCAGGCCACUUUAAAUGAGAAAGAAGUGCAUUUGUCAGAAACUCUGCAAACACUGACUGAGAAAAGCUCCUUUAUCGAGCAGCUGCAGUCCAGUGCUGCCGAGAGAGAAGAAUCUUUUGAGCAGGACCGAAAAGGCUGGAUGCAGAAAUUAGAUGAGCUUCAGAAUGAAAUCAAGACAUGUAAAGACGAGUUGAAGGACAAAUCUUCCUCUACUGCUGCUGCCGCCGUCGAUUUAGAAAAUGAACUUGCACAGGUGAAGCAUGAAAAGGCGACGCUGCAGAGAAAAGCUCAGGCUGCGUUGCUGGCACGCAAAGAGACGAUGAAGAAGGCUCAAGAAAAUGAAAAGAAAUUAACCCAAGAACUCACUGAAUUGAAAGAUGACUACAAGGCCCUCUUGGAGCAACGCUGUCAGCAGACAAACGAGCUAAACGCUGUCCAGCUAAACCUCGACGAGAAGGUCAGGGAAUUGGAGGAGCUCCGUAAAACCUCUUUGUCUAAUCAAGAUGAACUGGACGCGUUAAGACAGCUUGUCGAAGAGAGGGAUAAAACCCUGCAAGAUCUGAAGAUGUGUCUGGCUGAGAAGGAGAGGCAGUGCCAUUCUCUAGCAAACUUGCAAAUAGAGCUAGAAAAUAUUAAAUCCAGAUUUGAGAGUGUGUCUGUUGAGAUGGCAAGUAAAGAUGAGGCUCUUGCUGUCAUGGAGCAGCGAGCAGAAGCUUUGAGAUCAAAACUUCACAUGGUGGAGAAUGACUUGGAGAAAGCUCAUGCAGAAGUAAAAGAGAAAACCCAGCAAGCUGAGAAAUACCAGGAAACAGUUAAAGUUGCUGAGUUGAAGACCCAACAGGAGAAGCAAGCUUUAUUGGAUGAAAACAUUGCUUUGGUGACUCAGCUAAAAACCUCUGAGUCUUCACUGAGGGAACACAUACAAGCAAAUGAAGAAAAAUACCAACUUUUGCUUGAAGAAAGUAAGGCUCUUGUGGAGGAAAGCAAUCGGAUGAAAGCAGAACUUGAGACAACAGGUGGUUUAGUGUCACAGAAAUCCUUAGAGGUUCUAACCAUCCAAAAGACAUUAGCAGAAACACAGCAGCAGUUCAGUCAGGACAAAGGUGUUCUGGAGGAGGAGCUUGAAAAAGCACGACUACACUGUACUGAAAAGCAACGGGAUUUGGAUUUGUUGAAGCAAGAACAAGAAAAUGCUUUCAGUUUAAUUGAUGAACUCAAAGACCAGGUAACCGUGCUGAAUAAGAAACUGAAAGAGUCAGAGAAAGUAGAGAUGGCUGAAAUGAGCCUCGAACAGGAAGACGUUAACAAUGACAGCAGAGUCUGUUUGUCUUGCAAAUGUGCUGAAAACUUCGAAGUGAAGCUAAAGGAGAAAGAUGAUGCCUUGUUAGUUUCUCAGGCUCAGCUUUCAGAAAAGCAAGAACUGAUUGCCGCACUUGAACUGCAGUUGCAGCAGCAAAUUAAAAUGCGCGAAACUGCCAUUGAAAGGAUGAGAACCGAGACUGAUGAGCGCCAGAAAUCUCGGGAAGAUGGCACCAAAAUGAAUGAUCAGGACAACCAAAGCAAAAUUGCUCUCCUAAGCAGGAAACUUCAAGCAGCUCUGGUUUCGAGGAAAGAACUGUUGAAGGAAAAUACAGCAGUCAAGGAAGAAGUAGAAAAGCUGUCAGCCAAACUUGAAGCUAAAGAGACCGAGUACUUUGCUCUGGAAUCAUCAGAGCUGAGGCUGAAGCAACAAAAUCUGGACCUGGAAAGCUCUGUGUCGUCUCUGAACGAGGAGAAGGACAAGCUCAGCGCCAAAGUCGAUGGCGUCCUCAGCGAGAAUCGCAGCCUAUCAGCAGCUUGUGACAGCCUGAAACUGACCAUCGAAAACAUCACCCAGCAGAAACAAGCUUUUUCCUGUCAGCUCGAAUCUCUUAAGGACUCUCAGACAGACGAGCUUUCCAAGUGGAAGUCAAAGCACGCCGAGCUGAAACAGGAGUACGAAUCUCUUUUGCAAGCUUAUGAAAAUGUUAGCAGUGAAAUGGAUAAGAUGAGGCAGCUUUUGGAGGCAGCCCGAAGAGAUAGGCAGGAAGCCCUCAGAAAAAUCCACAAACACGAGACCGAGAUGGAGAUUCUGGAGAAGCAAGCGAGAGAGAUGGAGGAAGAAAAUUCAAGAAUCAAAGAAAGGAUGCGCACAUUUUCCAAAGAGAAACAGAGAAAGGCUGAGGAGCUGGAGGAAGAGAACCAGAAAACCAGAGAAGAGCUGGCUGAGCUUGAAGAAAACCACAAAAUGACGAUGUGCGAGCUGACUGAUAAAAAUCAAAAACUGGAGGAUGAGAUUUGCAGACUUAAAGGUUCAUCAGAGGAUCUCAGAGAGAAACUUGCUGAACUGCAGGCUGAAAAUAACCAAAUGGCAACAAAGCUUGAAGAAUCCAGCUGUUCAUUGGAGAAGAAGCACUUGGAAUCAAAUACAUACAGAAACAACAUGCAGCUUAAACUCGAUGAAGCACUCGGCUUGAACAACUCACUGACUGCCCAGAUUGAAGCCCAGAAAACAGAACUCGGUGCUCAAUUGGAAAUCAGCAACUUGUUACAGAAAGAGAAGCAAAAUCUUUCUGAAAGGAUUGAGAAGAUACAGAAUGAUCAUGAAAUGCAGUUGGGAAAGAAAGAUGAUGUGAUUAAAGAGCUCAGAGACGUUAUGAACAGACACAGCCAAGAGACUAUUAGCCUAAAUGAGAAGGUGAGAAUCUUGGAGGAUGAUAAGUCUCUUCUGCAGGAGGAGCUUGAAAAUGUUCAAGAGAUUUCAGACAAAGUAAAGAAUGAAAAUGAAUAUUUGGAAACGGUGAUCCUCAAAAACUCUGAAAGGAUUGAUGAACUGACUGAGUCUGUCACUGUUCUGCAGACCCAAAACAUGCAGCUGUGCUCUCAGCUGGCUGCUAGUAAGGAGAUGAGUAAUCAAGUUCGUCAUGAAAAAGAGGAGGAGCAGCUCAAACUAGUCAGAGAGUUUGAGGAGAAGCUCAAGACUGUCCAGAGAGGCAACGAGGGCUCCAAGAACGUGAAUAAAGAACUGCAAGAGCUACUCAAGGAAAAGCAUCAGGAGAUAAAUCAGCUGCAGCAGAACUGCAUUAAAUACCAAGAGCUGAUUUUAGAUUUAGAGAGUUCUUUGAAGACAUCGCGGUCGGCAUUAGAACACAUGGAGAAAGAUCUGAAAAAGGGUUCAGAGAAAAUAUCAUUUUUAGAGGAGAGAAAUAGCCAAGUCGAAGCUGAGGUGACGACACACAAGAAUCUCCUUCAGCAGGCCAAAGAAAAGAUUUUGCGUGUCGAGUCUGAAAGAGACCAGUUGACUCUGAACAUAUCAGAGGCGCGUAGGAAGUCUGAUAACAAGGUCGUGGAGAGAACAAGUAUAGAUGAGAAACAAUUUAAUUCUUACAUGGACAAUCAGCGGCAGUUACAGCAACAGAUAGAUGACCUGAGAGUCCUGAAAGAUCAAGAAAGUCAAAAAGUUAAUGAACUGAGGCAGCAACUGGACUCUCAAGAACUACAAAUGAAUACUCUGAAAAGAGCAGCUGAGACCAAUGAAGCCAGGCUGUCUGCUUUGUCUGCCUCUCCUCAAGGGGCAGAGGCUGCCAAACACUGGAAUAGUUCGUACCAAAAGACCUUAAACGAGAAGGACAACCAGCUCCUUGAACAGGGUUUCGUGAUUAAACGAUUCCUGGAAGACAUGAGGGUGAAAGACAAAGAGGUGAAUGAACUACGAGUGACCAAGUCGAGACUGGAGAGGACGCUGAACGAAUACUCUGUCGCUGCCGCUGCUCAGCAGAGGCAGCUGUUCGUCAUGAGCGCAAGCAACGCCGAGCUUGCCGAGACUGUGGAGGUUAUGACCGUGCAGGUGAAGGAACUCGGUACUCAAGUUGAAAGAGCAGAACAAGAUAAAAGUGCACUGAACCGGCAGCUUGCUGACAAAGAAGAUGUGAUUUCCCAAAUGCAGCUAAAUCUACAGCAAAUAGAGAAGAUAAACGCUGACUCUGAAGCUCAGCUGCUGCUUUUGCAGUCUCAAAAUGGCAAACUUCAGGCUGACUUUGAGAAGCAGGAGGGAAUUUCUCUGCAACUGAAGACACUCCUCCAGAGCAAAGACGCCGAGAUCUCCUCCUUACUGUCCUGCAGGGACGGACAGAUGUCAGGAUAUCUAGAACAGCUCCAGGCAAAUUAUCGCACCCAGGUCACGGUGUACGAGGACAGGUUGACAUCAUCACGAUACCAAAGAGAAAAGGCUGACAAAGAGCUGAGAGCGCUCGAGGCCAAGGUCAAAAGUCUGCAAAUUAAAGUGAACAGAUCCACCCAGGAAAAGGAGCAGAUGGCCGCCAAGAUGGAGUCAUUCAAGAACUCAAUGGUGUCUUUACAGAGUGAACGAGAGCGACUGAUGUCAGAAUACAGAAUUCUUGAAGCAAAGAGUCAGUUAGGUUUAACGAGUAAAGAGGGCUCUGCUGACGGAGAAGGUGGUGCUGCCAAAGGCCUCAAACAUGAAAUAAGAAAAUUGUUACAUCAAAUGGACGAUCUCAAUUCUGAGAACGCAAUGCUGAGGGCCCAACUGGUUCGCUACCGAGAGGAUUUGAAUCAGGUUUUAUCCCUCAAGGACAACCAGUUGAAGGUGCUGCUGAAGAAGCAGCAGGAUGUGAUCAAAAACCUUGAAAACCAAAAGGCUGCAGCUGAAAAGCAGCACAGAGGGUCUCAGUUGGAACUCCAGAAGGAAGAAGAGGCGAGCAGUACUUUAAAAGCAGAGAUCUCUAAACUUAAAGCGCAGGUGUCAACACAGGAAGCUGUUAUAUUGUCUCUAAAAAAGGAGCGAGCCACAACAAAUGAAGGCAAAGUGAUUGCUGAUCUGCAGGAAGCUGUGGCAGCCAAAGCCGCUGAAUGUAAUGACCUCCAGCAACAACUUCUUUCUCAGAAAACCCUAACUGAUGAGCUCAAGGAAAAAAUGCAGCUGGUGGAAAACGUGACGGACCGAAAACUGGCCGAAGCUGAGGACAAAUACAACAGUGAGUUGGACACUUUCGAGCGUGAGGUGGAGCUAAUGAGGAAUGAGCGGGAGACGGCUGAUCGAAGGGUGGCGGAGCUCGCAAAAGACCAACUUGAAAUGGAGCAGCAGUUGUCAGAGGCCAGAACACGAAGCAAAGACGCGAGGGCUCAGAACGAGUCCCUGUGCAAAGCUAUGGCUGCUCUGCAGAAUGACCGAGACCAGCUCAUCGAAGACUUCAAAACUCUGAGAAACAGAUACGAUGACGAACUCAGAGAGACUCAGGCAGCCUUGAACAAGGUAGAGCGCAGCCUGCAGGAUGCCACCUCUGACUUGGCCAUGUUCGCCAAAGAGAGGGACAUCCUUGUCCACAAACUGAAAGCUUUAGAAAGCAAAGACACUCACGUAGAGCUAAACAAGUUGUUGGAUGAACUGUCGAAGGCUGUGUCAGAGAAGGAACGGGAACUGAAGCAGGUCGUCCUGGAAAAUAACACGUACAGCAGGCAGCUGUCCGCGUUCUCCAGGUCCAUGGCCAGCCUCCAGAAUGAUCGUGACCGGUUGAUUGAUGAGUUGAGUGGGGCCAAAAGACUGGUUGAGUCCAGGCAAGGGUCAAGCCCAGGGGCUGUCACCUCCACGAGUGUGGAAGAGUCAAAAGGAAACGCCCUGCCGGAUGAGACGGAUGGGCGGGAGACGAGACAGAAGAUGGACGAGCUGCAGCCGACAGUAAAGAAGAUGCAAACUUCCGGAGUGUCGGCUGGACAGGAAAUCGGCAGCCACCAGCAGCAAACAUCAGAUCCGAGGUCCGACACAGAGAGGAAGGACACGCCGCAGGUCAAGGAAACGCUGGUCCUGGCAGGUCAGGGUGUAGCGGAUGAGGUGUUGAGUCAGUUGGAGGCAGAGAGGAUCCAGCUCCACAGAGACCUGCAGCGCUGCAUGUAUGAGAUCCAACAACGAGACCAGUACCUGCAGCAGGUCACCGCUAAGCUGCAGCAGGUGGUGGAGGAGAAAGGUGCUGUUGCAGCUCAGCUGAGGGCCGUUUCCCAAACACUGAGGGACACCCAGAAUCGCUGCCACUGGCUGGAAGGCCAAGUCCAAGGCCAGGCUCAGGGGUCAGUAUACGCUGAAGUUGCACCUGGAGCCCCCCAGGAGAAGAGCAACAACCCGUCGAGUACUGAAGCUGCUGAAGCCAGUCAGCUCCGAGAACGGCUGCUGGAGGUGGAGCAGAGUCUGGCAGAUGAGAGAGCCAGAAGAGAGACAGCAGAGGAGGCUCUACGUCUUUCUGAGGACCAAGCAAAGAGUGUUGGAUCCGGUCUGUCCAGAGACGGUCCGAGAGACUUCAGCAUCGAGAUGGAGACCGAAGAGGAGUGGGAGGCUCUCAGUCUUAACCCAAACCAGCCUCUGAUAACUCGAAAGGUGAAAGGCGGCGUGGUGGCGUGCCGACGGUGGCUCAGAGGGCGGAGCCUCUACUUCUCCAGGCUGCUGACGAGCCGCGCCCGCUCUCGGUAUUUCUUCCUGGCCUACUUGCUUGCGAUCCACGUGCUGGUGUUCCUGUGCCUGACUGGCGCCCUGUAGAGCGGGUCUGGGUCCGAGUGUGGGUUUAAAACGCUGGAUCCCGAGGAGCAGCUGGAGAGGCCCUCAGUCACGGGACGUGACCUGAAAACGUCUCACACCAAAGCUGAUGGCGUCUCCUCCCGCUGAAUGGAUGCUCGCCGACGACAGGAAGGCGGUUGACCUGUGUGAAAGCAUUUCAGAUGAAAUCUUUAUGAUCUUUCUGCUUAUUUAUCUGUUGGUCUUUUGGUUUUCGCUUGUAUUACUGAGCUUUUUUUAAAUGUGAUGAUGUAAAUCAGGCCUUAACGUGUGAUUGUCCGCUUCUCUCCUCACUCUCCAAGCUGGAUGAUUUCAUUAUUUUGGCACGUUGCCACAAAUUAAAACAGGAGGGAGAGGAGGAAAGAAAUCCACAAGCUGAUGUAAAAGCCUAAGAAGGCGCAGAAAGCCAUAACUUCUGUGGAUGAACACUUGUUUUGAGUCUCGUCUCCAGCAAACGUCCGGUCUGUCAGUAAGCGUUUGCUCCACCUCCACAUGCACAGAUAUCAGCACCGGCUGCUGCUCUCCUGCCUGCCUGUUUUCAUGCCUGGCACAUAAUCGUGAUGCUGAGUUCAAACUAUGCACUGAAACUCGUCCUGUAGAAGCACUGCACCUCCCCCACUUCCUCCUGUUCCCUUUAACUGUAAAGCCAAAGGUGUUUGUGUUCUCACCUUUGCAGUUUGAACAAGUGCUCUCAUGCCUGUUAAAGAUCGUGGGAGUUUCAAAAUAUCUCUAAGAUGUAGUCCGUUAGCGGUUGGAAAUACACUGUAUGCGCUCCAGGUUUGUCUGUAUUUAUGUGUCGCACCUGGACUGUAUGUUUGUAUAUAUGCAUUUCUGUCCUCUGCCUGGUGUCUCAUGACUGUACAUUUCUUGUUGAUUGUUUAGAGUUUAAACUAUGUGACGCGUCUUCUCAAAACGUCCAUUAACAAGCCAAAAAGGAUUAGAAACAACGAGGACUCUGAUGUGCAGCGUAAAAGAUGCUUUCUGGCGUGUUAGUCGGCGUUUUGUAGAAGUGUGCGGUUCCAGAUGAGUUUGCGCUACGUUGUCCUCGUGAUCUGUAUAUAAAGGUGUGAUUGAUGGACAAAAACACUGAACUGAAUCUAUUUAUGAAAAAUGUUCAGAUGGCAUAUUUUCACUACUGCCUCUAUUUUUAAGAGAUAGUGAUGCUGUUGGCCUCUUGACGACAUGAGGCUGAACUCGGUGCAAUAACGUGUCAGAGGUGAACUUUUUCAGACCAUCUCGAAAGAUCUUUAAUAAACACUUCAUGAACUUUA